CUAUUUUUUCCUGGCCAGGCCUGGUUAAUCAAGCUCAGGAAGUGAUGGAUGAAUAUUUAAAAAAGCCCCGCGAUUUUUGCAGCCUUAUCAAAUUCAUUGAUUUGUAAAGUUGGUAGUCCGCCAUCGUCAUGUCUACAAAGCAACUGGCCAGAGAACUCGGAUUAUUGAGGCAGCGGAGUAAAUCCUCUAACGGAUCCAAAUCCCUGUUGUCAAAUCAAAUAUUUCCAUUUCUUAUUGUCAUCGAUUUUGAGUCAACUUGCUGGAGAGAGAAAAAAAACUCCACUCAGGAAAUCAUUGAGUUUCCUGCGGUUCUGCUGAACACGUCCACAGGGGAGAUCCAGUCCGAGUUUCACACUUAUGUCCAACCGCAAGAGCAUCCCGUUCUGUCCGAGUUCUGCACCGAGCUGACCGGGAUCACGCAGAGCCAAGUGGAGGCCGGGAUCCCGCUUCACAUCUGUCUGUCUCGGUUCAGCCGCUGGCUGCAGAAGCUGCAGCUCGAGAUGGGUGUGGUUUUUCCCAACGGGCCGCAGAGAUCUUCUGCGCCUUCGCCUUCCCAGAAACCGUGUGCUUUCGUCACAUGGUCAGACUGGGAUCUGGGAGUCUGUUUGCAGUACGAGUGUAAACGGAAGCAGCUCCAUAAACCUGAUGUGCUCAACAGCUGGAUCGACCUGAGAAGCACCUACAGGCUGUUUUACGACAGAAAACCCAAAGGCCUGAACGGGGCACUGCAGGAUCUGGGAAUACAGUUCUCGGGGAGAGAACAUUCCGGUCUGGAUGACUCCCGAAACACGGCCCAGUUGGCAGCGAGGAUAAUGAGGGACGGGUGCGUGAUGAAGAUCACGCGGAGCCUGGAGAAGAUGCCAUUAAAGGUCAAACCACCAAACACCACUGCAGACAACAGAAAGCCUGACCGAGUGAAAGGAGAAAACGCACCCAGUGCAAACAAACCGCCACCGCCUCCGAUAAAGUCCUGCUCGGAGGACGCUUGCUGGGAUUUGGACCCACGGAGGAACUCUUCUCCCGCACCCAUGUGCCGGAGCCUGAUCUCCCCGAAGACGCUGCUGAACGGCACGACCACGCCGCUGUGGGGCCGCAGCGGGACGUCCGUCAGAGCCGCGGCUGUGGCCAAUGUUUCCGCCCCGGUUAUGGUAAGCUGUCCGUCACCGCGCGGUGACGUCACCCGCAGCCUCCUUCUGUGCUCGACUACUUUGGGCUGCGUUUCAAAUCCGCCUCGGCCGAACCAGCAACGCGACACGGAAGCAACGAGGGAAGAGGAACUUUGCGUGGAGGCCGAGGAGAGGUGGGGUUCAUACGAUGACGUGGUGUUGCAGGCGGAUGAUGAGGACGUCGUUGGGGAAACAGGGAGGGAAUUUGUUGAAGUUGAUUAUGGGGCAGAUUUUGACAGCGGAUGCCGUGUGGGGGAAAAGGCCAAUGAAGCGCCUUCAUUUGGCGAUGAGGUCACAAGAGACAAUGUGAGCGGUGAAGACGACUUUAAGACCGGUUGUCCCUCAGCGUCUAUUCCCCUCAAUAAAAUCAGGCAGCAUUCAACGAUCCCAGAGCCCAGUACAUAUUUCGUGGAGCCUAAAGCGGUUUCUCGGGACUCCGACCAGCGCAAAACAGGACUUGUGAUCUCUCGACAAAUACAAGAAAAUCGAGACGGGCCUCACAGAGUCGCUCUGCUCCGCCACUUCAUCCCAGCAAAGACCUCCACCCCUUACACCUCGUUUGCCCGGCCCAAAGCAUUCGCCACCAAUCACAGAGAGACUCCAAAAUCCUCCUUCGCCAUCUUCGCCGACCCAGCGAAGCCGUCCUCGGCCGGCUCUCUGUGCUCCUCCAAGAAGGUCCUCUCCUCCCUGUCGACCAACGCGCUCCCCUCUGUGUGCGCCACGGCGACGGGAGGUCAGAGGAUCACGUCGCCGCUGUGCGCUUGUGGGCGCCGCGCCAAGCGCCAGGUCGUGUCCAACGGGGGCCCGAACCAGGGCCGAGGGUUCUACUGCUGCCCGGUCCGGAGGUCGGGCGGCGGCGGCGGUCAGAUCCAGAAGGGCUGCGAGUUCUUCAAGUGGGAGUCGGCUCUGAUGAAGAGCGGUUCGGCGCCCGCCCGGGGGUCUUCUGUCUCACUGUGCGUGAUGACACCGGCCCCCGGCCAUCCACCUCAGAGGUCAGCGGUGAGGAAGAGCUGCUGACGUAGCGGAGAGGCCGAGGUGGUCUAUGCCUCAGUCACAUGGACUCUGUAAUAUUAUGUUGUGAUACGAGAUGUAAUGUGAUAUUAUGUGAUAUGAUAUAAAUGUAAUUUGUCUUAAAUAUUGUUUAACUUGUUCAUAUAUUUAGUAAUAGUAGUAAUAGAUAUACUGAAGCUGUCAUUUUAUUGACACAUUUAAUAAAUAGGUAAAUGUAUUGAUUCUCCAUCUAUUGGACCAAUAUUUGGCCUCCAUUCAGAAUCUAUUUCAUUUUAUUUCAUAUCAUGUGGUACGCUUGAUAUUGCAUCACAAUCAACUAAUGCAGUUACUUAAUGUGUGUUUGGUCGUAGUAACAAACCGUGACACCUGCUGAUUAUACCAGAGAACGAUUGACAGCACGAGAAACAAAGACACUCAGUCGACUUCAGGGUUUACUCGCUGCAAGGGGAGCCAUCCUGAGAGUACUACACUCUUCACUCGAUCACAGCCAACUGCGACCACACUUCCCCUUGCAGCCUCCUUUUAUUGAGGGAGUGAGCUAUGCAAGCGUGAUAAGUCAGCACUCGUUCGUUAAAAAGGACAGCAGUGAUAGCAAACGGCGUUGCACACCGGUGUGCCGAUUCGAGAUGAAAGCAGUUUUCACACAAUGAUAACAGCGUAAAAAGAUAAUAAACUCCAAGUGAUGCAGUGUUUAUUGAAAUAUAUCACCUGGUGAUAAUCAA